GUAGGUGCAUCUCGGCCAAUUUUGUCGUUACUUUCAAAUAAGAUGAUUACCUUGUGCCCAAAAUUCUCACUAGUCGACAAAAUAACUAAGAUUAACGUAUUCCGACUGAAACCACUGCAGAAGAUUACACUGGCAGCACGAGUUGUUGGAGAUAGCGGGCAGGUGUUCGAUUCACACGCUCACUUCAUCGCUACCAAACAUGGCCAAGUUGAUAUUUGUAGUCAACCGUCUGUUGGUGGAUCUUACCGCGGAGUUUCAGCUAUGGGACUUUUAUGGAGCAUGAAACCAUCACCUGGGCAGAGAAAAGGAAUUCGACUGAUGAAAUCUGAUGUCACUAAACCUUACAAAGUCGUCUUGAACUGUUUUGAUGGCCAUACGGAUCCGCAGGAAUCAAGUUCUUUGCAGUCUUUGUCUAGCAACACGUUUGAAAAGGGGUACAUGGCGAAUGGAGUGAAAAGAAUUCCUGUGAGAGAAGGAAGAAUCUGUGGAACUCUUUUUCUUCCUCCGGGUGACGGACCUUUUUCUGGUGAGUAG